AAAAAUGACCAAAUUAACACCAAAACAAACCCCAAUUUUUCUGUUUAUGGAGUGGGGAUAGAACAAUAUGUCUUAUUAUUAUUAUUUUUUUGUCAACCAAUAUGUCUUAUUUAUUAAACUCUUUUUAUAGUCACUAAAGAUUGUAUGAACCAAAUAAAUCUAAAAUCGAAUUUGAGAAUAGAAUCACAAACCAAUUGCAAAUUCCCUCUUCCAUAAAAAGGUUUUACAAACUUAACCCAUUAAUUAAUUAGAUAACAAAAUUAGAUUCAAAUCGCCACAUCUCACGCUAAACCAAUUGGAGAAAAUUUUAUUAGGUCAAAAAAACUCAGCCGCGUGCUUUUUAAGAAAACUUCAACUUUUUUGGACUAAACUCGGAUCCAACUAGGAUUCUUCUCUUUCCUUAUCCAACACGGUCUUGUUUCGUCGCGUCUCUCUUUAUAUAAUAAGAACAUAAUUUAUUUUUCUUGUUUGUUGUUCCUUUCACAUCAUCAUCAUCAAAACUCAUCAAAAGAUUUAGUUUGUGAUAAUGAAUUCGAUGUUUAGUGCCUUUGAUGCCAUGUGUGCUGAGAUUAUGGGGAAGAAAGUCACAGCUGAUUCUUCUGUCUACCGCUCUGAACGCAACGCUGCUUCUUUCGGCGGUCAAAACGCGUCUUUCUUGCUCAAAAAAGAUGAAGAAGAAGCUUCCAAGAACAUUGAUUUGGUGACCAAGACUCCGAGGUUUGCUGUUGAGCUCGAUGGCCUUCAUUGCUUCGAGACCAUAGUUCGUUCUUGAUCACUAAUUCAAGAUUACUCUUUUUUUCUUCUUGUCUUGUUUUUGAUGUAAAUACAAUUUUGGAAAAAUACUCAAUUUCUUGAUUAAGAAUCAUCCUCAUCAUCAUCAUCAUCCAUUGUGAUUGAUUGAUUGAUUCAUCGGUUUGUUUUCGAGUUGCUUCUUGUUUUCGUUUUAUCAAUUCUUGAAUCUGUGUAUAUGUUAUAAAGAAAAGAAUGAUUUUUUUUCUUU